GUUGCUGACUCAGAUGCAGAGGAAGCUUUGAAACCCAGGAGUAAGCUUCGACGUGCAUCCAGCGGUGAUCAAUCCUGGCAGCUUAUAGAGCAGAACCAGCCGGUGCCCGAGAAUGCAUCCUUUCAUGGGUGGGGCACAACGGGCGCCAGCCUACAGUUGCUCGGCUCCGUAUCGCUUUCCCUGGCAACGCCGAGACCAGUUCAGCCCUCAACAACAGCUUUGCGAGCACCUUCAGAGUUACACCCGCCUGCCUUUCGUGAGCCAAUCGCCGGCUUGGUCACCAGCAAGGAUAAUCAUCAGGCGUGCGAUGAACGCAACAAGGUACUUUUCGACCAGCUUUGUGCAUCGCAUGGUGCCUACAGCGAGGUGCUGCAACAGCUUUCAGGGAGUCGCGAGGGAGCAGUGAUCAAGUCUCGGCUUCUCAGCAAGGUGAGUGACACCACGGCGGCCCGCUACCUUCGCUCAGUCCAGCUUUUCUUUUGUGCCUUUGAGGAGCUGGGUGGCAACAUGGAGUCCAUCGACCAAGGUCUCUUCCUUGAUGCUUUCUUCGCUUUAUCUCGAGGCUCCGAAACAGGCCCCCUUUCCAACAGCAUCAAUGUGCUCAAGGCGCUGCGCUGGUACAAGAAGCUUCUUUCACUUGCAUGCCUCCCAGACCUGUACGGCACAGCUUUCAGUCUCCUCUCCAAUCCGUCUGGCCAGGAGAAACGAGAGAGCAUACCACUGCCGCUUUCUUUUGUGGCCUUCCUUGAGCGCACCCUGCUUUCAGGCACAGCCAGCUUGAUGGACACCAUCUGGGCGGGGUCGUUCUUGGUGGCAAUCGGUGCGAGCCUCCGCUUCGCGGACGCCCAGCAUGUCCGCUGGAGCUCACUUUGUGUGAGCCAUUUCACUUUACGGGGAAUAUGCUACAGAACCAAGACCACCAAAGGCGGAUGCCCCUUUGGUCUUCUCAGCUUCGGCCCCUUUUCGUCCUCUGAGGAAUGGGGGCUGACUUGGCUCCCCCGCUGGUUGGGAGCAUUGGACAAGGUUUGGUCCGACCUCCGCUCCCGCUUUGGGGCCCAGCCGGAACCAGAUUGCAUGUUUUUCCUCUUAAGUGAUGCAGGCUUUGCUCCGGCCACUUAUUCACAGGCCCUUCAGAAGUUGCGCCACUGGCUGACGCUUUCAGGGAUAGAGCAGCAUCAAGCUUCUCAAUAUACGCUUCACAGUUUGAAGACGACCUUCCUUUCGUGGAUGUCUCAGCUUUCUAUCCCACUGGCGUCCCGCUUUCUCCAGGGACAUCAUAAAACCCCUGGCUCUGCCCAGCUUUACUCACGGGACGACGUAUGGCCAGCCCUGAGAGCGCAGCUUCUUUUGUGGCGGUCGAUCCACUCCGGCUUCCGUCCUGCCAGGCCGCAACACCGAGGGGGACAAUCACCGCUUGCCGAGCCCCCCUUCGAGACGGCGGGGUUCCAAUGGGACGCCUUCAUCCCGGAACUUACAUGUUUCUCGCUUGGCAGUGAUUUCCAAUCAUUCCUUGCCCUGGAACAACAGGUCGACCACUUCGAGGACUCAGAUGCCGAUGAUGCAGGCCCGGCCCGCCCUUCAGCGAUGGUCGCAUCCACUUUGGAGGAGCAGCCGCUUGAAGCUCCAUCUUUUCAAACUUCCCGCACAAACUGCAGGGAGGUGCGGAUGCCCAAUGCCAGGUUCGAUGUCACCCCGCUUGUGGAUGCAUCUCAGAAUUUUCCGCUUUUGUGCAUUUUCCGCCUGAAUCUCGCUUAUGUAAGCGAUCAGCUUAUGAAACAUAAUCCCGCUUUACUUCCAGCGUGGGUCAUGGCCAAGUUGUCCCCCGACUACGUGUUCAGCCUCCUCAAAAGCAUGAACGAGGCUGAGAGGGCCCACUUUUUGAAGCGAAUGGAAGGAGACCCGCUUCUUCCUUCCACAACGCCGGCACCCGCUUUGGCAGCAGCACCUUCGGGGCAGCCUGCUUCGAGCACCGUGAUCGACCCCAUCGGGGACUCUAUCGCUGCCGAAGAUUACGGGACACCGGCCGCUUUUACAUCUUCUCCCUCGCCUGCUGCACCCACUUUGGACACACCAGCGGAGCCUAAAGCAGCCACCGGUGGCGAGAGCGCCCCCAAGGGAGCCACUUCAGCUGCUCAGGGAGAAGAGGCCAACGCCGAGGCCACAGGUGACGGGGUCACGAACGCCAAGCGCUGGCAACGUGAACCCGAGGUCAAGGAACCGCCGCCGCGACCUCCUUCGUCGCCCGCUUUGGCGUCGACCACCCCAAAGGCCGGGGUACCGCUGCUGAAGUCGAAGAGCAUGGCUACGCCCGCUCCACCCGCUUCGGUGGCCACUACACCCCCGGCGGCUACGCCCAGCGCCCCUCCCGCUUCCAAGGCCCCGCCACCGCCGCUUGUGGAGGAGGGCACCACGGGCGGAAGCUCGGGAAACACAGGGCAACAGCCGCCCGCUUCAACACCACAGCGCGAGAUAGCCCCGCUUCUCGCUAGUGACGCCCCAGCCUCCCGCUUGGGACACACUAUCUAUGAUAGCGAAGGCCGGGCCACUUUGCAGCUGGAGGCCACUUCGCAGUGGAACCACGGCCAAGAUGAGUGGGGCCAGAGCCAGACCGCUUGGGGGGACUCGCCCGCUUGGAGCUCCUGGAACUGGUCUGGUCUCUUCGACAUGUCCGACUUCUCGCAGUUCGUGUCGGACUGCAACGUACCUCCUGCGGUGGCCUCUCUGCUUUCGGAGUUUGACACCGCUUUGUACGCACGUGCUUGCACAACUUCUUCCGAGCUAGAGGAAUUGAUCACCCACUUUAUGACCGAAGCCGCGGUGACAGAAGCAGCGGAACGCUUUAUCACUAAAGCGUCGUUACGCCUGCUUUUCUCCAAAUGCCGGCAGUCGGAGGGCAUGGCAUCCUUAGAAGCCACGCCCAGUUCUGCUCUCCCGCUUGGAGAAGCGCCUUCAACAGCUGUGCCAACCGCUCCGGCCGCAGUCCCGCUUUCCAGCUCAUGGCAGGAGGCUUGGCCUGCAAAACUCAGCGGCGAACGCACUGCAGCGCUUAGGAAAAGGUUCGAGGAGGAUUACCCCACUGAACUCCUCGAUGCCGAGAGCUUUCCGAGCGCCCGCUUGUUGGCCCUUACCAAUAAGAUGCUUUCAGAAAAGGAAGUGCGAUGGAUUCCCUGGAAGUACCGCUUAAGUGCAAGGGCGCAAGAAGACAGCCUGCUUAUCAGGCCCAAGAAACAGGCCCGCUUUGACAUCGCAGAGUUCUUCUUCGACGAGGCUCCAACCCGGGAUAUCCAUGAAGGCCCCGCCUCCUUCAGCUUCGUGACACAGCUUCUCUCACUUGCUGCGAAUGCGAUCGCUUUAUGCCAGGGGGCACACCUAGGCUCCCUGAAACUCUACAACAAAAAGUUCACCCGCAUUUGCUUCACCAAAUACGAGGCCUCCGCCAACCUACGGGGCCCCACUACGAUGGAAGCCCAGGCAGCUGAUCGCCGAUGUUGGGAAAUCAUCGCCGACUUAGUCAAUGUGCAUCAUUGGAAGCUAGAUGAUGCGCUUCACGAAGUGGCGGAGGUGCGCUCUGAUUUGCACAGCUUACUUGCGCCCAGGCCAUUCGUACCCAAACCCAAGCACGACCCGGACAACAGCUGGAAGGCCGGCUCCAAAGGCAACGGUCGUGGAGGCAAAGGCGGGGGCCGUGGCGGCAAAGGCCGCGAUGGCAAAGGCGAGAAGGGAGAGCGCUUCGAGCGAGGCGGCAAAGGUGGCAAAGGCAAGGACAACAAGCAGGCGACGCCUCCCGGAAAAUGGCUUUCAACCAUCUUCAUGGAUGGCAAGCGCCAGACUCUUUGCAUGCGCUACCAGAGCGGUCAGUGCAAGGACCCAGCCACGCGCCGCUAUGUGCACAGAUGCGCAGUGCCCAAGAAUGAAACCCACUUCAGCGACCAGCGGGACAUCGCUGAGGAGGUCACAGUUGUCCCGCUUUCAGUGCCUGCUCAACCUUCAGGUUCAGCAGGGGCAACCUCGGCACUGCCCAAGGCUGGUGCCCCAGUAUCCAGUGCAUCUUUGGCAAUCAGUGAAGGCUCCCUCGACUUCGCUACCUGCUUGGAGCUUUUAGCGCAGUACUUUUCCAUUCCCUUCAUUGAUGCCGCAGGCCCCACCGACAAUGCCAUUGACGCUUCCGGAGCAUAUUUCAACCUGGGAGCUUUCUCCUUUGAUAACGGCACCAGGUCGGGGAUAUUUCAGCGCACUGAACAAUUUUCCGAUGUACUUCGUUUCUUGAACGCUUUCAUGCAGCUUCAGUUCCCGGGUGCCUCUUGGAGCUCCUUGUGCGUGAGUCACAACGUUCGUACUCGCUUACACACGGAUGCUGGCAACGCUUCAGGAACACUCAAUCACACAGUUUCACUCGGCAAUUUCAGCGGAGGUGAGAUCUGGAUUAGCCCAGCUUUGGACCCUUCUGCUGCCAACAUCCCGGCCCCAUCCACAGAGCGGAAGAUGCAAGCAAAGGUGAAUUGCGCGAGACAGGUGGGUAUUGACUGCCUACACUUGCAGGAACCUGCACAGCUUCGACAUGAAGUCAAGUGGAGAGAGGCUGCCCAGAAGUUCGUGGAUGCCGGUGGGCUUGCCGGCGGCCUGUCUUCCCCGUUCAUUUCCACGGAACUAAUGCCUCAUCUUCAUACGCCGGACAUCGAUCCGACGAACUUCACCGUUAAGAGACUAUGGCAGCUCUAUGGAGAGCGCAAUUUCCAAAUGCUCUACCUCCUCCGGGCGAGCCACUUCCCUCCAGGCGGACGGGCGCUACAACGCAAGCUUGAUGAAUGGCCAUCUGAAAUGGCCAGCACGGCUACCCAGUGA